AUGUAUGAUUUUGCGGCUGAGCCUGGAAACAACGAGCUGACCGUCACUGAAGGAGAGAUCAUCGUAAUUACCAAUCCGGAUGUAGGUGGAGGCUGGUUAGAAGGAAAAAACAGCCAAGGCGAGAGAGGACUCGUUCCCACAGAUUACGUUGAGAUUAUAACCGAAGGUGCAAAAGAUGGAAUUAGCUGCGGUAACUCAUUAGCUGACCAAGCCUUUUUUGAUUCCCUUUCUUCAAAUACAGCUCAGACCAAUUCCGCUGCAAAAAGCACUAAUCAGGCAAACAAUUCUGGUGAUCCUUGGUCCAGCUGGAAUAUUGGGAAGUCUGGGAACUGGGAUAGUGGAAAUGCUGUUGACAGCUGGGCAACAAAACCUGAAAGUGCAGCUGGCCAGAGAAACAGUGCUUCAAAUAACUGGGACACAGCAGCAGCAUUUGGUCAUCCACAGGCAUAUCAAGGACCAGCAGCUGCUGAUGAAGAUGAUUGGGAUGAUGACUGGGAUGACCCAAAAUCAACUUCACCGUCUUACCUUGGUUACAAGGAGACUGAGGCAUCAGAGGCUGGGGGGGUCCAGCGUGGAAAUUCUCGUGCAGCUGCUAUGAAGUUACCACUUAACAAAUUUCCUGGAUUUGCAAAACCUGGGAUGGAACAGUAUCUGUUGGCAAAGCAGCUAGCAAAACCCAAAGAGAAAAUUCCCAUUAUUAUUGGUGAUUAUGGCCCAAUGUGGGUUUAUCCUACCUCUACAUUUGACUGUGUGGUGGCAGAUCCCAAAAAAGGCUCUAAAAUGUAUGGUCUCAAGAGCUACAUUGAAUAUCAGCUGACCUGUACUAACACUAAUCGGUCUGUCAACCACAGAUACAAGCACUUUGACUGGUUGUAUGAGCGUCUCCUGGUUAAAUUUGGAUUAGCCAUUCCAAUCCCAUCUCUUCCAGACAAGCAAGUAACAGGUCGUUUUGAAGAAGAAUUUAUCAAAAUGCGUAUGGAGAGACUGCAAGCUUGGAUGACGAGGAUGUGUCGCCAUCCUGUUGUCUCAGAAAGUGAAGUUUUCCAGCAAUUCCUCAAUUUCCGAGAUGAGAAGGAGUGGAAAACUGGAAAGCGGAAGGCAGAAAAAGAUGAAACCGUAGGAGUCAUGAUCUUUUCUACGAUGGAGCCAGAAGCUCCUGACUUGGACAUGGUAGAAAUAGAACAGAAAUGUGAUGCAGUGGGUAGGUUCACCAAAGCAAUGGAUGAUGGAGUUAAAGAGCUGCUGACAGUGGGACAAGAGCACUGGAAGAGGUGUACAGGGC